AUGGUCGAAAUGGAUACUUCCUGGAUACCCGCUGGUUUGGAAACCAGGCAAUUCUCACUCGACAGUGGACAGUAUACAGUCCUGGCCUUCUUGCUCGCCAUCUGUAUCCCACAGACAUCGCAUGGAACUGCACUUCGCUAUGGACUAUUUCUUCUCCAGAUCACCUGCGCAGUACAGGCCUUCAUUGCUCCGCCGCCUCCAAUACCAGACCGGGCUAUUCUUUACUCCUCAGGGGUACUCAUGGGGAAUAUGUUAGCACGCUACUUUGAUCGACUAUAUACAACCGUCCCGGAGAAGACAUUCCAUCGCGUCGUCAACCAAACUCCUGAGGACGCAGCCACGCUUCCCGGGUCCGAGCGCCUUUUCUGGGCCCUGGAGCUUUUUAGCGUCACUCGCGGGAUCGGCUGGAACUGGCGCGUCGGCGGCAUUCCCAAGUCCCCAGCGCCAAUAACCAAAUUCCAAUUCGUGAGAGCCCAACUAAUUACAUGGAUUGCCAUGUACGCGGGUCUCCAUCUCGUCAAUGUGACUGGCCAUCUUGUUUUAUCAAAUCAAAAUGCCGUGCCCUCGCUCGUCGACAAAUUGCAGAUCUAUGCCUUGAUAGUGGGCGGCUGUGCAAUGACAAUAUAUAGCCAUUUCGGUCUUCUCAUGCUUCCGCUCUCGGCUCUCUGUGUUGGCCUUCAAAUCGGUCCUCGCUCGUGGCGGGAUCCCGCGUCCUGGCCACCGAAUUUCGCUAGUGUGAGCGAAGCAUACAGCAUUCGCCGCUUCUGGGGAUACACCUGGCACCAGCAGCUGCGGCGACAGGCAGGUGCGCCCGGUGAAUAUCUUAUCAGCUUGCUACCGAACAGUGUGAGGACAUCUAAACGGACGAUUGUUCGGCUCGGGAGGCGGUACUUCCUUCUCUUGAUGAGUUUCUUCGUUUCGGGCUUGAUUCAUGCGUGUGGGUCAUACCAAGUGACACGAGCACUUGGUCUCCCCUUAUCAGAUGGUGGAGAAAUAAAAUAUUUUGUGCUUCAGGGAGUGGCAAUUAUAGCUGAGGAUUUCGGUUGUUGGGUGCUUGGUGUUGAUGAUCGGGUAACAAAGCCUGGGGGAUGCGGCUGUGGGUAG